GCUCCUGAAGCUAACCGGAAACAGUCCCGUUUCAUUUCACAGUAGCAUCACGAGAACUGCAAAAAGGAUGUCCUGCAACACCAGUGUUACUCGUCUUUGUGCGCCAUCAGUGGGCCAGGCACAGCAAGUCACCGUCCAUCUCAUGCCCUGUGAGAUUGAACACAAUGGGCCGGCUCUCGUCUCACAAUACCUCACUGCUACCACAAAAGACAACAAACAAGAGAAGAUGGUGUCAUUCAGAGGGCGUGGGUUGAAGGGGCAGGAGCUCAGCUGUCCACAGGGCUACAGUGGCCUGGUGCUGAAAGAGAUCAACAAGCCUGGCUCAGACCAAGAGGACAGGACAGUGAAGGUGUCUUCUGUGUUUGACAAACUGACUUACUGGAACCUUGAGACGCCUCCAAAUUCAGAUGACACAGUGGUGAUGGCGAUGGAUUGGCCUGAGCUGGCUGAGGCGAUCCACGGGCCAGUAGAGGACUGAAGAGACUAACACAAGUUUCCGUAAAGAGGUGAUGGACUGAUGUCUCCUCAGCGUGUUACAAAUGCAAUGUACAGUUUGCUGGUUACUGACCAACACCUGUAAAAAGCUUUUGAAAUACUAACCUGUUCAAUAAUUGUUGCUCGUGUAGAGCAGUAAGUGACAAUUAACGUUUAUAGUUUUUAUAUAUGUUCUUUUGUAGUGAAAUAAAGAAAAAUAUAAGACAACACUGAA